AUGAAUUUUCCACCGUUCGGUGGCCACUUCCCGGGCACGAUACCGAGCAUCCACCAGUUCGCGGCCGAGGGCUCGGGUGGCGCCAGCGCCGCCGCCGCCGCUCGCAGCUACGCCAAUCACUUUUCCAAUCAUCAGUCGCCGAUCGGCGUGCCGGUGGUCAGCAAGUAUCGCCAGGAUGCGGCCGUCGCGGCCGCGGCAGCCGCCGCCGCAGCCGCCGCCAAUCUGUCCUCGUCCAGCAGCGGCGGCAACGGUCUGCAGAACCAAUCGAUGAUGAACAACAAGUCGUCCUACGGCUCCAAUAGCAGUAAUGUGCAUCAUUACGCCAACGUGCCGUACUCGUCGCAGCAGGUGCUGCAGCGGCCCAACAACACGCCCAUGACGGAGAAGAGAAAUUAUCAGCAGAUCAAUAAGCACGACAAAAUCAACAAGGACAAGCACAAAUCCAACAAUGAAAACAAUCAUCAUCAGCAGCAGCAACAGCAACAGCAGCAGCAGCAUCAACAGCAGCAGCAGCAACAGCAGCAGCAACAACAGCAUCAACAGCAGCGCAACAACGGCGAUCACUCGUCGAGCAACGGCAACGAUUAUCUGCAUCAGCAGCAGCAACACGCGCACACCCAGACGACGCCGGCGACGAUGCCGGCCUCGUGGCAGUCGCUAGCCACUCCUGGCUCGACGGUGGCCGACUACUUGAGCCAUCUACCCGCGUCUACCCUGCCCCUCAGCCUGCAUCAUUUCCUCAAAUACUCGGCCGAGAGCAUCAAGAAGGAGAGCGAGAUGGCCCAGACGGCGCAGUCGAACGCCGCGAGUGCCGUUGCAGCGGUGGCCGCGGCGGCGCAAGCCUCCACGCCUAAUCAGCAGCACCACAUCAUGAUGUCGACGAGCAACGGCGGCGGCGGUGUCGGCGUCGGCAGCAACAGCAACGGCACCGCCAACAACGGCAAGAAGAAAAAGAAGAAGAAGGCGCCGAAGGAGAAGAAGCCCCGACCCAAGCCCGGCGAGAUACGCCUGACCACGGCCCUCGACGGCUCGACCCUGUACUGCUGCCCCGAGUGCCACAUGGCCUAUCCGGAGCGCGAGCUCCUGGAGCAGCAUCUGCUCGGCCACACGCUCGAGCGACGCUUCGUCUGCGACAUCUGCGGCGCCGGUCUGAAGCGCAAGGACCACCUGACGCGACACAAGCAGAGCCACAAUCCCGAGCGGCCCUACGUCUGCACCGUCUGCCUCAAGGCGUUCAAGCGAAAGGAGCAGCUGACCCUGCACUUCGUGAUACACAGCGGCGAGAAGCGCCACGUCUGCACCGAGUGCGGCAAGGGCUUCUACCGCAAGGAUCAUCUGCGGAAGCACACCAGGAGUCACAUCGCCAGGAGAGUCAAGGCAGAGCUCAGUCAGAAUUCUGGUAAUCAACAAAAUCAAGCGCAACAACAGCAACAGCAGCAGCAACAACAGCAACAGCAACAGCAGCAACAACCGCCCCAGCAGCAGCAAAACAACGUGAGCAGCAGUCUGCAGUCGAACUCGAGCAAUAACGGCGUCGGGCACGCCAACAGUCUGCUAUCCUGAGCCCCGCCACCCGGGAACUUUCAGGUUCCCGCGGCGCACGCAGCGGCCAAUCUCCUGCACGAGGCGGCGGC